AAAGUUAGGAGGAUGCAUUCACGAACAGCGUGGUAAUUAUCAGCGGAUGAUGAAUUCAGGUGAAUAAUGACGUCAUGUGGACGCUGUUCCUACUGAGGGAGGCAUGGUCGCUAUUUUUGUCUUUUUGAACGUCUCCCUGAGGACGUGAAUGAAGCCCUUCCCACUGUGUUCCGGAUCCCACUGCGCGUGCUGAGGCGCAGGAGGCGGAUUUCCACUCAGCGUGGCUCUUUGACCCACAGGUAUGCAGAUGAUCCUCCUGUAGACAUCGUGGCAGACACAAAGGACUGCACUUUUUUUUUUUCUCACCAGAUUUUUUUUUUCUUCUUUCACCCUUCUUUUCACGGGGACGCGGAACGGCCGCACGCGCGUUCUCCGCGCGGACAUUUCCCACCCGAUAACGGAUUAUUGAUAACUUUCCCAUCAGAUCGAUGGUGGUGGCGUCGACGGAGGAGAAGCUGAGAUGUCAGAUCAGUCUGCAGACCACCAGGAGCCGGAUUGUAUGACGAUGACGCCGGCAUGAAAGCUGUGAUUUGUCUCUCGUGAUCGUGGAUCUGAUUCUCUGUCGCUUCCAUGCAGAGCCUCUGCAGGAUCAAGAUGCAGUUCCGGACCGUGCUGGACGUGAAAGUCGUGGACGUGGAGAAGAGGCGCAGCCCGUCCAAACACUACGUAUAUGUCAUCAAUGUCACCUACUCUGACAACACUUCCCACAUCAUCUACAGAAGAUACAGCAAAUUCUUUGAUCUACAGAUGCAGAUUCUUGACAAGUUCCCAAUUGAGGGAGGGCAGAAAGACCCAAAGAAGAGAAUCAUCCCAUUUCUCCCAGGCAAAAUCCUGUUCCGGCGGAGUCAUGUGCGAGAUGUGGCUAUGAAGCGGCUGCGUUUCAUUGACGACUACUGCAGGGCGCUGGUGCGACUCCCCCCUCAGAUUUCUCAGAGUGAGGAGGUGCUGCGCUUCUUUGAGACGAAAGCGGAGGAUGUUAACCCCCCAGUGGAGGACUAUGGCUCCAAGCGCAAGUCGGUGUGGAUGUACGGCUUUACAGACAGCCCAAGGAAAGAGGCCUCAGGGAUUGACAGCUCGGAGCCCAUGGUGCUGGAGCAGUACGUGGCGGUCGCCAACUACGAGAGGCAGGAGAACUCUGAGAUCAACCUCAAAGCUGGCGAGACCGUGGACGUGAUUGAGAAGAGCGAAAGUGGCUGGUGGUUUGUCAGCACGUCGGAGGAGCAGGGUUGGGUUCCGGCCACAUACCUGGACUCGCAGACUCACACCAGAGAUGAUUUGGAUCUCGGCACUUCCAGGACUGGAGAAGAGGAGAAAUAUGUGACGCUCCAGCCGUACACCAGCCAAGGCAAGGAUGAAGUCAGCUUUGAGAAGGGGGUCACCGUGGAGGUAAUCCAGAAGAACCUGGAGGGUUGGUGGUACAUCAGAUACUUGGGUAAAGAGGGCUGGGCCCCGGCAUCCUACUUGAAGAAGGUGAAGGAAGACUUCCCCCCCCGCAAGAAGACACUAACCGGCCCCGUGGAGAUCAUUGGCAACAUCAUGGAGAUCAGCAACCUGCUCCAGAAGAAGUCAGUCAGUGAGAAAGACAUCCAGACCGAUGCCGAAGCCAGCACUGCACCUGAGCGCCAUAUCUCCAAGAGUGAGAUCAGUCUGCCCAUGCCGUAUAACGCCGAAGUCAACGCCGAGACGGGCAGGAGGCUGAGCUCCGGUUCAGGUUACGGCUCCAACAGCCCGUGUCCUGCACUUCUUGGAGCCAGUGCUGUCUUAAGUGAAAGUAAAGGCAGAGCUGAGCACGGAUCCCCGGCUGUGGCUCGAGUAGCCCCACAUAGAGUAGAAAUCGGGUCUCCAAAUCUUAGACAGAAACCUCCCCCAAGAAGAGAACCCAACUUGGGAUUCCAGUUACCCAAGCCACCAGAGCCCCCUGCUGUGGAAGCAGAGUAUUACACCAUAGCGGAUUUCCAGUCCUCCAUCUCUGAUGGCAUCAGUUUCCGUGGAGGACAAAAGGCUGAUGUGAUAGAAAAGAACCCUGGAGGCUGGUGGUAUGUACAGAUUGGCGAGAAGGAGGGCUGGGCCCCCUGUUCCUACAUUGACAAACGCAAGAAGCCCAACAUCAGCCGUCGAAGCAGUACCCUCACCCGCCCCAAGGUUCCACCUCCAGCUCCACCUGUAAAGAAGCAAGAUACAGAGGAGAUUCUACCUUCUACUAAUUCUGUCUGCAAACCCCCUGAAUCAUCAAGUAGGCCUGUGUAUGAGGAACCUGAAUAUGAUGUUCCUGCAGUUGGAUGUGAAGGUGAGUCAGAAACAGAUUCUCUGAAGGACGAGCGUUCCCUGGAUGUGAAGAUCAGUACUGUGGUGAGCGAUAAGUACCGCAGUUCACCUCCUUCUUCCAAAGCCUCCCCUCCAGUCUGCAAAGCGUCCCCUGUUUUCAGUCACCGAAGGACCUCCUUCAGGUCUGUCGAAGAGGUCACUAAAGAUGAGUGCAUCUAUGAGAAUGACGGUUUCAGGCCAAGCAGUGGUAUGGAGGGAACUUCAGCAAAAGGUUCCAGUGAGCCAAAUUCCCCAAGGAGUUACCGUUCCUCAACAGUCCCUCGCAAACCUUCUGGCUCAUCACCUUUAGCUGGGAAACCCAUAAAGACCAUGACCCCUGAGCUCAAUCGGAGAAGCCAGACCCUUGGCAGACACAUGGAUAUCAGCCUUAGGUCCCAUGAAAACAGUCCACUGUCUUCAUCUGAUGAAUUGCACAGAGGACCUAAGAAACCCCAGAAUUUUAACCGGGAUGUUGAGCAGAGAAUUGGCCAGAGCCCCUCUACCAAGCCCAAGCCGUCUGUUAGACCAAAACCACUCCUAACCAAAUCAGAACCUCAGAAUCCAGAAAGAAUGGACAUCACCUCACUGAGACGCCAGUUAAGACCUACAGGACAAUUUCGACAGAGUCUCAAGCCUUCUCGUGGGGAUGACUCUGAAACAGGAUCUGUUAUCUCUUCAGAAGACUCCAUGUGUUCACACAGUACCUCAGAUCUCUCCUCAGUUUAUUCUAAAGGAAGCCGUGGUGACUCAGAUAUGGAAGGCCCUAACCUGUACCACACAAUGGAUGCCUAUAAGAAAGUCCAGGAUUCUGAGAUUAGUUUCCCAGCUGGGGUGGAGGUUGAGGUUCUGGAGAAACAAGAAAGUGGCUGGUGGUAUAUCCGCUGGGGCACUGAAGAUGGCUGGGCUCCCUCUUACUACUUGGAACCUGUCAGACCAGUGGGUAAUGCUGGUGGGUUGGAAUCCGAUGGACAUGGGAGUGGUGGGAGUAAGUCGAAUAGCCUGGAGAAAAAUGAGCAGCAUGUUUUGAACCUCAACAACAUCAAUAUUCAGGGUCUGACUCAACAGCAUCAAGGCUUCAGGAGGAACACUCCUCCAAUUCCUUCCAAGCCUCCUGGUGGAUUUUCAAAACCAUCUGGAAUAGUUAAUGGAGGUGUACGGAUGAGGAAUGGAGUCCGCCAGGUAGCCGUGAGACCACAGUCUGUGUUUGUGACAACAACACAGGCACCUAAAGACUCACACUACAUGACGGGGUCUCUGAGGCGAAACGAGUCCCUUGGCAGCAGUGAUCACUACCGUUCUGGAUCUGCCACUCUUGGUGUUCGCCGAAAUGCCUCCUUCAGUACUGUGCGACCACAUGUGGUCGUAGAAAGUCAGACAAGGCCUGCUGAGCGUUCCAGCCUGGGGUCUUCAGGGGGUGGUUUCAGCACAAGCAAUGUCCAGGAUACAAUAAGUAGAGUUAGCCAGCGGAAUGGAAUCCCGGUGUCUACAGUUCGGCCGAAACCCAUCGAGAAGAGCCAGUUGAUCCACAACAACCUUGGCAGGGAUGUUUAUGUGUCCAUUGCUGACUAUCGCGGAGAUGAGGAGACUAUGGGCUUUACUGAGGGCACCUGUCUAGAGGUCUUGGAGAGAAACCCCAAUGGAUGGUGGUACUGCCAGGUGCAGGACAGCCUGCUUCCCCGUAAGGGCUGGGUCCCCUCCAACUACCUAGAGCGGAAAAAAUAAUGCCCAUAUCCAAUCCUUCCCACAUAGGGAAGGUUACCCACCAUCUCCCAUAAGCAAUAUGUCCUUGAAAGUGUACAUUCACAAAAUGACUGUAAAAAGGUGUUUUAAUUGGAUAAGGAAAGACGCUUUUGGUGCUGGGUUACUAAAUGUAUCCAGAGAGGAAUGUAAAACUCUGCCCAGUAAUGACAGAGACAAGAAUAGGGCUGGCCACACCUGAGUAAGGAAAACUGAAGAAGACAAUGUCUGUUAGCUAUAAACUGGUACAGAUGGGAGUAUUAACCUCUUAAAGAGGUUUGCAUCCAGAGAUACGGACGUGGAGCAGGGUAAUCGCUAUGCUUAUUCGUACCCUUUGUUGACUACGAUGGCCGAUAAGUGCCUUUUGUAUUUGAUCACCUGAGUGAAGGUCGUCAGUGGCGGACGGUAAAAUGUUAAAAUCAACCAAAUCUUCAAAGAGUGCCAUAGGCCUAUGAGCGCAUGAACACCACCUGUACACAGUUAUGAGCACCACUUUAGGAGUGAUGGUAUUCCAACAAGUUGUGAUCUGUUGUGGCCUAAUUGGUCAAACAGAAUAUAGAAAGAAAAAUCUGAUGUAAGUGACCAAAUUCACUACAGAAUUCAUGUGGUCACAGUUUAAAUUAACAGCUUUUUAAUAUUUGUUAUUAUUAUUUUGUUAAUUUUCUCUCAUUAUUCAUGGUCUAGCAUUUUGUGUGCAAGUCUUCCUUAGAGAAUUAUUUCUGCUUUCUUGUGACAUCUGUUUUUCCACCGACAGCCUUGAUUUGGAACAGUUUAAACCUUAUGGCUCCAUCACUCGUAAAUUGUGAAGUGCCACUGACAAAACUAUUUGAUAAAUUGGUACAGUUUGCAUGAACAUUUAAGAGCCCCAUUGAAAACACCUUUAAUGAAUAAAUAAACCUGUGAAGCUUGAACAUAGUGCAGGUGGAAGCAGCUUGUAGCUGUACUCUCUAGAAUAUAGCCACCUAAUAUAUGGGUCGCUAACCUCAAAAAGA